CUGCCACGGCCAAUAAAUGUCUCAACACCUACUUAAAUCGUCUGUAGUUUUCCCUUUAUUUACUGGCGUGGUGGCUUACGGUGUGAUCAGAAUUCCGCGGCUAACUUUCGCUACCAGGAUCAAAGAAUCCGGAUUGCGGGAAAUCUUGCUCGAAAACUUGGGGACAGGCGCUCACCAGGACUAAAUUUGGUGUGAUAGUUUGGGUAGGCUUACAGAGUUGAGUAUUUAUAAAGCGUACGUAGUCCCAUAUAUAGUAUGUACUGUACUGCAAUGCGCGCCGCAUCGACGAAGCGAUGCACGGUCGUGGCGGGGCCCACCCGCGUCGGGCUUGCAUCUAUACAGAGAUGUGUAGCCGUCGCUGAGGCACCUCAGCGUAGGUGUCCUCCUGCUGUAGAGCAUGAGUCUAUCGUGACUCGUAGUAAAUCUAAGAAUGACACCCCAUUUUUCCCUGCCAGUGUCCGGGGAACCUCCGAACAGUUGACAGUGGAAUUGCAUAGUGGUUCUCCUUUGAAUUUGAUAAGUGAGUCUACUGCUGAUUUCUUUGGCCUUGAAGUUGUAAUCGAUUCGUUUGGUUACAGUGACUAUGUUGACCCCGAAGUGUCGUUUGCCUUACCAUCUGGCAUUGUCGGCAUUACAUCUUUUUCUCUUUUCCAUGAUGGAUGUGAGUUGUAUUAUGAUGGUUUCGUGGUUGAAGAUGGUGUGGUGAACUUUGACGUGAUGGCUGGGGCUCCAUUUAUGGAGAAGAAUGAUGUUUCCAUUCGACCUUCUAAACACCAAAUCAUGUUUGGGGACUACCAUACUUUUUCUUACAUGUCACCAUCUGAUCAAUUCCCCAAAUCUAGUCCCGCUAGUAUGAAUGAGUUAGAUGAGCUGGAUUGUGCAGUGGGUAUGAUAAUGCAAGGAUCUGAGAAUGAGUGCAAACACACUAAUCCUGGAGUUGACAGCGAGUGUAAACACACUCUCCCACUAAAUGAAUGUUCUCAAGUAUACAGAGAGAUCAUGGAUGUUGGGUGUAAUGUUCGGUUGAAUGAGACUGAAGCUGAGCAUCCACACAUUCACAAGUCCAAUGACAUUAAUAACAUACACAGUGAGGUCAUUGAUAUUGAGUGUAGUGUAGAGGUGAAUGAGACUGAAGCUGACCAUCCACACAUUCACAAGUCCAUUGACAAUAAUAACAUGCACAGUGAGAUCGGAUUGAUGACCAGUGUGGAGACUGAAAGUACACGUAUUAUGACUGAGUGUAAUGUUGGUAACACAGACUUGGGAUUUGCGUUGCCACAACGUGGGUCGAAGAUGGAUGGUGAGAUUCGUGAGACCUUGAGUGAAAGUGUUGAGAAAGUCACACAAUCCGAAAGCUGUAAGCCUGCUGUGAGUACUGAUAAUAAUAGCGGUGACCGUGCUAAGCCAUGCAUAAGCACAGUAGGUGAAGUUGGGACACAUUACAAUUGUCAAGUAAAACAUGAACAUGAUAUUAGUUGUGACAGUGACCUAUCGUGUGUAAAGGUUGUAGGUGAAAUUAGGCUACAUAACAACAAUCAGGUAAAGUACGAAUAUACACAAUUUGAUGGUGUUCCCAACACUGAGCCUAGCUCAUGUGUUUCUGAUACUGAGCCUAGCUCUGGUGUUCCUGAUACUGAGCCUAGCUCUGGUGUUCCUGAUACUGGGCCUAGCUCUGGCAUUCCUGAUACUGAGCUUAGCUCUGUUGUUCCCGAUACUGAGCCUAGCUCUGGUGUUCUUGAUACUGAGCCUAGCUCUGGUGUUCCCGGUACUGAGCAUAGCUCUGGCAUUCCCGGUAAUGAGCCUAGCUUUGGCAUUCCUGAUACUGAGCCUAGCUCUAAUACUAAGCCUUCCCAUAUAGUGUCUUGGUAAUGAGCCUUACGUUAGCUCUCUUGUGUCUUGUAGUGAACAUAGCUCUAGUGGUAGUAUGCUCUUGUUUCAUUGCUACUCAUCAUGUUUCGGAAGCUGAGCCUAGCCUUGCUGUUGCAGGUUAUGUACACAAUGCUGACUUCACUUCAAUAGUGCAUUGCGCCGGCAUACGAUCGUUUUCGCGUGACCUUUAUUCUCCUUUCGCUACAGUGGAGAACCGUAUUCGCGAAAUCCACGAUCUUCUUGAAAACCGAACCGCUGACUACCUGUCGGACGUAGAGUACAUCGAUGAGAGUACCCGUAGUACAGAUCGUUGUUAUUUCGGUUUCGUUCUUUGUACACGUGAUCAUGAUAUCGAUGAGAGUACCCGUAGUACAGAUCGUUGUCAUUUCGGUUUCGUUCUUUGUACACGUGAUCAUGAUAUGCCCAGGCAUGUACGUGGUGUCCGCAAGACAGAUCGUUUUCGGCAUUUCGGCUUUGUUCGUUAUACACGUGAUCUUGAUAUGCCCAGGCAUGUUUGUGAUGAGCCGUGUCACUGCACAGACGCUUACCUUGAUAUUGCGCUGUGUUCCUCUCUCAUCUCUCACCAUCACUUUACGAAUAUCUUUGAGGUGUUCUAUGUAUGCACAGCUCACAUGCCUUCUGUAGCUACUAUCAUCUGGUCACCCUACAUGGACUGUAUAGCUUUUAGUACAAUAGACAAGGAUUUGGCACCUUGCCUUAGUCCCGAGACGCAUACUCUUCUUCAGAAUCCUUCUGAUCGAUUGAUCUUGCCCGAUAUCCAUCAUGCUACGGAUUCUGAUGUAAUUUUCCUAAUAUCUUGCCUGUGUGCCUGCAUCAGUUCUGCUGACCAGUCCUCUGCAUAUGAUGUCAUGAUUAGUCUUCCCACCACACAGCUCUUUGAGGACAUGAAAGAGGUCAUCAGUAGCACACCCCUAUUCCAUUUUCAUGGUAGUUCUUCACACAUUGUAUUUCUGGUGGCCAACCCAGUCAGUUCCCCUGCAGUUGUUGAUCAGCCCUUGAGGAUCCAACCCCCCGUUGGAUCUUGGCCUAGAUGCGUUGGGACCGUCGAACACCAUGAUUGGCUUCUCUGGACUUGUGGACCUCGCCCACCGUCGCCCUUUUCUGAUCGAACUCGCAUGAUCCUCAAUUUCCAUGAUGGACCUCGCAUGAUUCCCUACCCCCCUGAUGGAACUCACUUUUCUGGUCCCAGUGUGGUUGUCAUGCGACCUUGGCCUUCUGGACUCUUUCAGGCUCAUACAGUGAUGUCAUCACACGCUACAACAGUUUCUGCUGCUUUCUGAUAACUGCCCUGUGUGCUUAAAGUUUCUGCGCGCUUCGGCAUUCACGGUGGCCCACACCCCCCCCCCCCAUGGUCAUAUCUGCAGGAGUGACAUUUAUGUUUAAAGAGUGUAUACAUUUUACCACUGUUGUUGUAUCACGUUUUUUUUAUUAUUCAUUUCCUAUAUUGUUACUCAUGUUUUGCUUUGUGAUACAUGUAUGAUUUGGCCCCUUUUUUAUCUACAGAUUUAUACAAGUAUUAGGUUGCAGUUGGUUUUCAAUUUUUAUGGUUUUACCAGAACACAAAUAUAAAUGUGUUACUACACAGAUUGGGUGCGGAACAUUGGUUACGUUUUGUAUUAAUGCAUGCUAUAGUUUUUGUUUAGUUUUUGAGUGAUAUUUUUUAUGUCAUGUGUGCAUACAUUUCGGCCGUUUCAGAUUGUUAGUAGUGUACUGACCAAAUUUGGAAACAUGCCUUAUUUUCUGAGUUUUUUAUGUCCAGUAGUAACUACACAUGACUUAUCUCAUUUGUUCACAUUUUUUAAGAAUUUGUUUAUAUGGUAGUGAUUAAAGAGUGCUCUUGUGGUAUUAUUUAUACCUUUGCUUUGUUGGAUAGAAGUGGCAUGUAGGCAUGCUGUUGUACAUUAUGUACAUACUUUGACCGGACAGUGAAUUUUAUUUUAUCGUUCUAAGCAUGUUGCAUUUUACUUGUAAAGUAAGCAAGGGUAAUUGGGAUUAGUGCAUUGUUGUAAUAUAUUUUGAGGUUUGCUAUCAACGACUCGUAUAGCGGAAUUGUUACAUGUUCUUCAUCCAUGCUCUACGUAUAUGGCUAUUAUUUGAGGUCUGUUAUUAAUGACUUGUAUAGUGGAAUGCUUUAUGUCCUUCAUACAUGCUUUACUUAUAUAUUGCCUAUUAUUGGAGGUGUGGAUUUGAUCCUUAUCAUUUGCACAUUCAUAUUUAGAUUGAAAUAAUUAUGGCCAGUUUUGGUGUACCAAUUGUUUAGUUGUUUACGUAUGUUACCCUGUUACUCAAAUAUUUUUGUUGGUGUUCAUGCGUUUACAAAUAAAGGAUUUCUGUGAUACAGUCAAAUUGAAUAUGCUUGGUUUUGGAUCUGUUAAAGAAAAAGAGAGAAAUGAAAGAAACAUAAUCACGCCAGUAUGAUUUACUGUUUAAUUGUGCCACCACAAGUGGCUUACCAUACAUGUAUGCGAUGACUCUGCCACGGCCAAUAAAUGUCUCAACACCUACUU